CACAAAAUGGAAACCCGGUUUGAAGAGCCAAUCAGAAUGUUUAGUGAUAGUAAAUGAGAAAAAAGUAUCCAAGAAGAGAACCAAAAGGACUUAAUCGAAAAAUCCAUCAAUUUAGUAACUUCUAAAUAAAUUCCCGAUGGCUAAUGUUGACAAAAAAUGCCUGAGCCGCCAAAAGUCAAAGCAAAAGUCCCAGUCGAAGAAAAAGGCUAAAAUUAACUCUACAAACACUAUUCUCCGAACUCUAACAGAGCAAAGAAAGUCCUCUCACAGAUUCCCAUCCCCUACAGAGAAAAAACUGACCCAAAUGAAAGAAACUCUCAAACAAAAAUCCACCUCAAUCUCCAAACUCCGCAAAUAAAACCAAGGCCCUCGAAAGCCAGCUCAAAACUUCCAAAACCGAAGCUACCCAUUCCAAAAACACCUCAAAAGCCAAACUCCAAAAACUCCACUGAAGCCUCCAAAAACAAAAACUAAACGCCUCCCUACACAAAGAAAAAUGGAACAAGUCAAAAUCCUUACUUGAAUCCAAAACCGAAACUAUAAAAUCCCUAAAAUCCAAGUGCAAACAACUUGAGAAAUUAGUCAAGAAUCUUAAGGAAGAAAACAGAGUUGUGCAGCAAAGUUGGGAGGAAGAACGAAAGCAAUUUCUUGAUAAGAUAGAGGAACUUGAGAAGAGAAGUGGGGGCAAGAGGAGUGGAGGAGAUGAGAGGGGGUUAAGGAGUGAGCCGGGGAUUGAAGGAAGGGAUAAGAGUGAGAUGAGGGUGGAGAGAAGUUGUGUGAUGGGUGCUGAAGGAAAGACAAUUGAUAUCUUAGAAAAGGAUAAUGAAAUUUUAGCUAGAAAAUAUGAGUUAUCACAGUUGCAUAAUAAAACAUUGGAGUCUGAAUUAAAAUUAAUGAUAUCCCAAAACUCGACAUAUCGUCCAUCCAAAGAAUAUGAUAUGAAUUGGAGCAAUUCAAGCUUUAGAAACAGUUCUGAGUUUACAUCGCAUAGAGCUCCAUUCGCUACUUACACCACUAGUCCAAACCACAGUUAUGAACGGGGCAACAUCUCAAGGUACAACACAAUCUCCUACGACCCCCAUGAAAACAAAGAAAACACUAACCAAAUAAACAUCCCCAACUACCACGCUGUAAAGCCAGACACCUCUCUCAACAACUUAAAAUAAAAGCACUAAUGAGCUCCAGUACAUGAUCCAGGACAUAAAAAACCUCCCUUCCCAAAGACUCGUCCACUCCCACUCCUUAUCCAGCACCUACGCUGAAAAAUCCCAACCUAGGCCAGUCACAAGUCAUAUGCCAUCAGGACAUCCUCGGUCAAGAGAUCCACUGCAGAGAGACUACCGAAGCUUCAUCCAUAAUAUACCGAAGCGGACAGGAUCGAACUAUAGACUUGGUUAACUGGAAUUUUGGAUUUUUAGUACA